UAACCAGACUGAGUAUACAGAAAUCCAAUCUCCAAUCUCUGCUCCCACAUUUAGUUAUCAUCAAUAGCUCAGAUCAUAACAAGUCAUCAGGAGCAUAGUAUUAAAAUAUACCUGACAUUUGUUGCUAUGGAACCUACCAAUGGAUAUCUUGUCGAUAAUUUCAUUCAUUAUUCAGAGACUGAUGUAUUCUCAGUUGCUCUUGUGUCCUGAAAGAAAGCCGGCGAGAGUUGAGAAAAAUUGGAUGAAACUCUGAGGGAUGUAGAGGGGAUUGUGUGAAGGAGGAAGAGGAUAAAGUUUUGCAAAGCUGCAUCGCUUGGAGAUGUGACCUUUGAGUAAAAGUGUUUGUAGUUAACCUAGGAAGCUGGAAGAACCUUUGAAUCCCAUAGUUUUAAAAUCAGCCAUCAUGGCAAGUGGUGGAGAUAAAAAACACUGCUCAAAUACAACACCACAAGUUCAGGAGACGCCGUUUAAAUGUGAACAGUGUCACAAGUUUUAUAGUUCUAAAGGUAGUCUUCAUAAACAUACAAAAAUACACACAGGAGAAAAACCUUAUACAUGUGGUCAAUGUGGCAAGUCAUUCAGAGCGAUGGCAACACUCAAGCGACAUAACUUAGUGCACACUGGAGAGAAACCUUUCGCAUGCAACCAGUGUGAUCGGAGAUUUACUCUGUCGUGGGAUCUAGAGAACCAUAAAAGAACACAUACAGGAGCGAGGCCUUUCAAGUGCACUACCUGUGAUAAAUAUUUUCGUUAUUCCAGGACUCUUCACACACAUAAAAGAACACAUUCAGCAGACAGGCCUUUCAAAUGUAAACAGUGUGGCAAGGCCUUCAGGCAAUCAGGAGUUCUUCACAACCAUGAAAAGAUACAUUCUGGGGAGAAGCCUUUUGCCUGUGACCAAUGUAGCAAGAGGUAUAGACAGCAGCAGUCCCUGCAUGUUCAUAAGAAAGUGAUACAUGAAGGUGAAAGAGCGUUUUCAUGCAGCCAGUGUAACAAGCGUUUUGGACAGAAGAAACAUCUUCAGAAUCAUGAACGAACACAUACAGGAGAGAAGCCAUUUGCAUGUAACCAGUGCAGCAGGUGUUUUGCUCAGAAAUAUCAACUUGUGCGGCAUGGUGCAACACACAUGGGAGACGAGCUGGUGACGAAAGAAGGAAACAAGAAAAUUUGUGGAGCAUCUGAAUUCAAGAGUUAUUUGGAAAGUGGUUGCAUAUCGAUUAUUAAGUCAGAUGACAUAAACGUGACAGAAAGAUCCACAUGAAUUGAUCUUUAAGUAAUCAAGCUUACGGGUCCACAGACACAAUGACUACAAACAGAAGGUUGUUACGCCUUUUUUUUCCCCAUCCCUUUUGUGAGAGCUGCGUCCUUGUUGUGUUAAACUGUGGGGUGAUUCAUCAUAAACCAGAAAUUCCAGCUGGAAAAAAAAUAUUGAAGUAUUUUAGUGGAUUUUCUCACAUUGUAUAUUGUUCAAAGGUUUCAGUUUAAUUAUAUAAGAGGGAGUGUUUGUUCGUACAUGUACAUGUAGUUGCCUACAUGUUGUUUCCCAGAUUGUUCGAGCUAGUUACUUUUCAUUCGUGACAUGACAAGCGGAUUAUUUCAGUGAGAGGUUGUUAUUCCAGCCACGUAAUACACUGAGUAAAAUGCGGACUAUGUAGCGUGGUAGUGUAAUCGCGUGACUGAAAUACAAAUCAUCGUGAAAGCUUUUAUACGGCUUUUGAGGCAAGGAAGAUUAAACAGAUGUUGGCUGUGGACAUCCUGAUCAAACAGUUGUUGGUAAAGGUGUUUGUAAAUGUCGUAUUUUAUCUUGCUAUGAUUUUGGAGAACAUAUAAAAGGAGCAAAUUUUCCAUUUUAUUACUAUUAUUGUUAUUGGAAAUUUUAAUGUUAUUGUUCCACAAAACAUCCUAAUGGGGAGGUUCAAUAUUUUAAAGUAUGUAUGUAUGUAUGAUUUGUCAGAUGAAUUUCACUAACCGAGGCUUGUUUAAGUUGAUGGACGAAGGACUGAAAACCGAAAUCUCACCAGGAUGUUGAUUUCGAUGGUCAUUCAGUCUAACACUUUGGUGCGCUAACCUGUUGCUCCUAGGGCAAGUUAUUAACUGAAAGCCAUGAAGAGUUAAGCCAGCGGACCGAUGGUGUAGUGGGCUAGUGAAUGUAUCCUGAAUCAAAUUUCCCGGGUUCGUCUCCCGGUGUCCGCAUACAUGUAUGAAAGGAGCUCAGUCACGGCUUUUUAGUUGUACAAAAUUACCGUUAAAUUGAAGGAAACCUGAAAAGAGUAGUUUACUAAGAUAGAAAAACACUAAAGAGUUAU